AUGUUCUUCGGUCAAGGGGCUAGGGUUUACGAUCUCGAGGAUUUGCUUAGGCCAUCGGCGGAGGUUUUUGGGAAGGGGACGUUCAGGAUGGCGUACAAGGCGGUGCUGGAGAUGGGGACGGUGGCGGCGGUGAAGAGGUUGAAGGAGGUGAGCACCAUGGAGAGGGAGUUCAGAGAGAAGAUUGCGGUGAUCAGAGUGAUGGAGCAUCAAAAUUUGGUGGGUUUGAGGCCUUAUUACUACAGUAAGGAUGAGAGGUUGCAGGUGUAUGAUUACAUGCAAAUGGGGAGCUUGUCUUCUCUUCUCCAUGACCUGGACUUCUUAUUCCACAUGUUUUUCCUUGCUCGAUAUUGCAAGCUUCUUGAGGAGAACUCAUUCAGGGGAUGGACUGCAGAUUUCUUUUACAUGCUUUUAUUUGGUGCCACUACUUUGACUGGAAUUGUUCUCUUAGGUGGAAUGAUACCCUUUGUGUCGGAGAAAUUUGCAGGCAUUGUGUUCCUCAGUAAUUCAUUGACUUUUAUGAUGGUCUAUGUCUGGAGCAAGCAUAAUCCUUUCAUCCACAUGAGUUUCUUGGUCCUUUUCACUUUUACUGCUACCUAUUUACCAUGGUUGCUAGGAUUUUCUUUGUAA